UGGAAUUUUUUUUUAAGAGAUGGAUUGUGCUUACUUUUAUAUGUAAACCUUGCUGGAAAAGAAAAUAAUAAAAACCCUCAUAGAAUUCUGUAAUGGUUUUAAUGGUUAUAAUUGGAAUUGUAUUGGUUUUAAUACACUUAACUGUAUUGGUCCCUUUUGGUCUACUGGUAAUCUAUUGCCUUCUAUUGGUGGCACAUUAUGUCUAGUGGAUACCAUUAUGGACCGGUAAUGGCAAUGGUAAUGGUUUUAAUGGUUAUAAUGGGAACUGUAUUUUUUUUUUAAUGGAAAUUGCAUUGGUCCCUGUUGAUCUACUGGCAAUCUCUUGCCUUCUAUAGGUGGCAUGUUAUGUCUAGUGGAUACCAUUAUGGACCUAUAAAGGCAGUGGUAAUGAUUAUAAUGGUUAUAAUGGGAAUUAUAUUGGUUUUAAUGGAAACUGUAAUGGUCCCUUUAGAUCUCUACUUGUAAGUUGUUGCCUUUUAUUGGUGGAAUGUUAUGUCUAGUGGAUACCAUUAAUACCGGUAAUGGCAAUGGUAAUGGAAUGGUUAUAAUGGGAAUUGUAUUGGUUCUAAUGGAAACUGCAUUGGUCCCUGUUGGUCUACUGCUAAUUUGUUGCCUUCUAUUGGUGGCAUGUUAUGUCUAGUGGAUACCAUUAAGGACCAGUAAUGGUUUUAAUGGUUAGCUGAUGGUUUGUAAUGGUAUUUGUAGUGGAAGCCAUUCGAAUUUCUGUGCUGGUUUCUAUUGUUGUUUUUCAGCAGGGAAGAAAGUAAUUAAGGUCGAGUAAACGAUAAACUUUCCACUUGUUUGGCUGUACUUUUUGGUGUAACAGUGACCUCUACGGGUUCCAAGUGCCUCUGGGAACAGAUUUCAGUUCUAACCUGUAGUUCCUGGGGGUUUUCCGACUCUAAGCAUCGCCUCAGAGCUCUAAGAGAGAGAAAGAGAGUGAGGGAGAGAGAGGGCGAGCAGCAGUAGGAUAGGAGAAUGGCGGCCAUCAAGGCGCUGCAGCAGUGGUGUAAAGUCCAGUGUGAUGGCUACAGAGAUGUGGAUAUAAUCAACAUGACCACCUCAUUCAGAGACGGACUGGCUUUCUGUGCUCUCAUCCACAAAUUCAGACCGGACCUCAUAAACUUUGAGUCCCUGAGUAAGGACAAUGUGUAUGACAACAACUGCUUGGCGUUUCGUGUGGCUGAGGAUCAUCUGGGGAUUCCAGCUCUCCUGGAUGCAGAGGACAUGGUGGCUCUUCACGUCCCAGACCGACUCAGUAUUCUCACUUACGUCUCGCAGUACUACAACUACUUCAACGGUCGUUCACCCAAUCGUUUCUUCAUAGCGGGAGGAGUCGGAGGCGUCAAACGGCCUGCAGAGGACUCAAAAGAGGAGCCGUCAGAAAAGAAGAAUCUCCCUGUCACUGCCAAAACCUACAGCCCAAAGACACAUCCAGUGUCUACUCCCGUCUCCUCCAAUGCUGCUCAAAAUCGUCCACCAUCGCAUUUCGUACAGAACAGUAGCUCAAACAAACAUGUCUCAAGCACUCAGACACAGCAGUGUGCCAUGGAAAAACAAUCCAAAAACAUCAAAAUGGCCUCUCCAAGCACUGAUUCAGCAUCCACAGUGAAGACCCCAGGCAGGAAUGCUGAAAAGACUGUUUUAGUCGAGAGCUCCAAUAAAACCGGCACGCUGAACAGUAAGUGCGCAGUGUGCAGGAGUCACGUUCACUUGGUUCAGAGACACCUUGUGGAUGGGAGACUAUACCACAGGAGCUGCUUCAAGUGCUGUGAAUGUUCAGCUACUUUAAAAUCUGGGGCGUAUACAUCUGGCCAACAGUCUGGCACACUGUGCUGCUCUUCAUCCCGCUGUACUCAGAUUGACCUCAAGUCUUCACCUAAGCAUAGCAUGUCAGAUAUGAUCGAACUCAGACCUGAGAGUGGAAGUGGGCUAUCGCCUCGGCAACAUUCCUCAGUUCUGACCAGCCCUCUUAAACCUGUUCCCAGAUCAGUUCAGCCAACUCCAACCCCAGAGCCAUGGACUGCUUCAGCACGAAGGACUCAAGCUGCCAGGCAGAGGUUUUUCCUUUCCACCUCAGAGGCCUCUACUACCCAGAACAUCAUUGUACCAAAGUCUGAAGAAGAGAAGGAGCAGGUGCAGGGAUUGAUCUCUCAGAAAUUGGCUGAAGGAAACUGCAACAAUAAUAACAAAGCUUAUAGCUGUGGGCUCGGUCCAGACAACACAUCUGUUGAAGUCCUCAGCUCAGAUCAGGAGAGAUGUGGCUCAAGCACUGAAGUUAAAGCUGGCCAUUUCUGCGUUUCUUCCAACACCAGCAGCAUGGAGUCCCUGUGGCUGAGUGGCAUAAACAAAGAGCACACUAGACCUCCCUCCUCUUCCCUCUUCAUCGCCAGAGCCAAAGAUGUGGGGAGCUGUGAAGGCCCAAAGCUGAAGAUGGCUUCAAGUGAACCAGGACUAAAAACAUUCUUUGAGGAUAAUGACGUGACUCCUGAAGAAAACAAAAUCAUCUGCAGCGAUAACCAGCCGAGUCACCAGUACACUUCUUCUGUGCCAGGCUUCCACACCAUAAACAUUGCUCAUGUUGCUGAUUUGUACAUGCAAAAAUCUCCAGCCACAGGCUCUACUGUCUCAGGUUGUAUAUCAGGAAAUUACAAAUCCUGCCCAUCCCUCCAGCCUCUAGUGGAUCACAGUAUCUCCUUGAGACCUGCUGCUAUACAGCCAAGAUGCUCUGACGCUGCAGAACAUGAUGACCAAGUACGCAAUGGUUCUACAGUCUAUCAGUUUUGUUUUGCUUGUUCCUUAGCUGAAAAUGGAAGUGCGCCAUUCGAGAACAGAACUAAGCCACUCGGAAUCAAGUCUCGCCACAUCCCGAUUGAGCAGAUCACUAAGGAGCUGCAAGAAAUUGAGAACAGCCUGAGUGAUUUGGAGAAAGCGGGAAUUGACCUGGAGAGAAAGCUCCGCAGCUGUGAGGAAGAGGGUAGCGGGGACAUCUUGGUGGAUCCGUUGAUGGUGGACUGGUUCAACCUGAUUCGGAAGAAGCAGAGUUACAUACGGAGGGAAUCUGAGCUCGUGUACAUAGCGAAAACUCAAGAUUUAGAGGAGCAGCAGCCAGGAGUGGAAGGAGAGCUCAGAAGACUGAUUAAUAAACCAGAGCAUCUGAAAAGCACUUCCGAAAGGAACAGAGAGUCUGAUCUAAUGAAGAGGCUGGUGGAGAUCGUUAAUGACAGGAAUGCCAUCGUGGACGGUCUGGAGGAAGACCGACGGAGAGAGGAAGAAGAGGAUCAGCAGCUGAACGAGAUGAUGCACAGGCUCGAUCUGCGCAAACUAAAAAGCAGGAGAAAGGCGUCCUUCUCGAAGCUGUUCAGACGCAGAAGUAAAAAUGAAGGAAGGAAGGAAGAAUGAUCCACGUCCGAGCUGGAGACUCGCCGCGGCGGUCUCGGCAACAGAUACGCACACGACCAUUCGAGUUCUUCGCAGAACUCUCAGAAGUGUGGCAGGUCAGAUUUAUUUUUGAUUUUUUUGAUAUUUCUUAAUAUAAUAUUAACUCAGAAUACACACAGUGCCUUGUUUGUACUCUAAGGUUUACAUCACACCACACUGCACUCACCCAAAUCUAGAACAUCUGUCGUAUUGUUUUUUGUUGUUGUUUUCCGUACUUAAUGUGUUCUUUGCUUUACGCAUGUGUUACUUCAUGAGAAAGUGAGCUGCUUUUAGAGAUGCCGCGUUUUAAAAGUUUGGGUUUAAUUUGUAGUUUUAAGUACAACUUACACUAAAACGCUGCAUUGAUAUAUCUAAUAAUUUGAUCAGAUAUUUUUAAUUUUAUUAUUAUUUUAUAAUUAUUAUUAUUAUGGGUUUUUGUGUGUGUGUCACUUUUAACAUUGCUGUUCCAUUAAAAAGCCCAAGCAUCUUGGACAUUUCUAUGAAGUGUCACUUUCCCGGUUGCCCUAAAGGUGGCACUAUAGGCUCACGUGCCCCUCAGAACAGCAUUUAAAAAGAAAGAAAGAAAGAAAGACAGACAGCUAGAAAACACCCUACCAAACACUUCCUCCUUCACCCAGACUAUAAACUCAGAUUUUAUAAGAAAGAUUAAAUGGAGCUGAAGAUCUGCCAUCACUGAAAGUUGUUGUUGUUUUUUGGGGGGUUUUGUUUUUAUUUUCCACAAAUAAUUAGUUGUGUUUUUUGGCUUUUUAAAUGCAUUAAACGAGUUUAAUUAAGUGUGGACUGUGGUAAUGUGUUCAUAAUUUUCUUUGGUUCCAGAAAGACUAUAUGAGGAAUAUUAGAAUAAUAAUACGAACGAAUAUUUUUUCCUGAUUAUGCCUGCUUUAAAAUUGUUUUAAACUUUGUGUUUUGCUUGCAAACUGUAAAUAUGUUGUUGUUGUUGUUUAAUUUUUAGAAUGUUUCUUUUUUAAUUACUUAGUAUAAUAAAACUUAACACACAUUUUAACAGUUGUUUACUAUCUGUUUGAUCUACUUCAUUAUGCUAUAACCAAACCUUCACUUCUAGAUUUCUGUUGUGAGAUGGUGAGGAGGGUCUCUGAACUACUGUAGUAGUCUAUAGAGAUUUGGAUAUAGACAUCGUGUUCUCUGUAGAAGUAAGUGCGUGUGUGUGUGUGUGUAUGCGUAUGCACACGGUUCCAGUAUGAAAGUUGCCUGUAUUCCCAUAGAGUCUUCUUGGGGGAUGUGUGGAACUGGCACUGCUCUAUUUUCCAACUGAAAUAUCUCACAAUUUUGGACAACAAAGUAUGCGUUUAAAAGUUGUUCCAAUGUUAUCCAAAAGUUUUUUUCUUCUCUAGAUGUUAAAAAAAAAAAACAGUUUACAUUUGCAAAGGCGUGUAACUUUCUGCAAUAUUAAAAAAAAAAUGAAUUCAUUUGUGUUCAUUUAUGCUUCGUGCAUUAUUAUGAUUAUUUAGCAUUUUUAUCUUUCAUGGGAUUUCUUCUUUUUAAAUUAUGGAUUGGUGGCCAUUUCUAAUAAAUUCCCUUUACGUAAAUAGAAAUGUGUCGUGAAAGCCACAUCGAUACCACUGACUGAAUUCGUGAUCUUAUACUACACAUCCCUGAGGAUUACCUUCCUUCCGUCCUUCCUCCUAAUUUAAAAUGAAAAUUAAAAGUGCACUGGCCCAUGCUGCUGUACCACUGGUCAUAUUAAAAAAAAAAAAAACAACAUUCACAUAGCCAUAGUUUAAUAUGAGUUAUGGUGAAAUGCGUUACAAUAAUUUACUCACAUUUAAUAUUGCUCCUGCUACUUAUCAGCUACCCAGCCCCAAUUUUUAAGACGCAUGAAAUUGUGCUCAUGAACUUGGAACAUGGUCUUUCUAGUUCAGAGGAGCCGGGAUAUGAUGUUGGGGUGCAGAACACCAGGCGCUGAUGCAGGUGACAGUCGAGACUGAAUACGUGCAAUAUUAGAGUUAAUUAAAGCUUUGCGCCCCAUCUCCCGCAAACGCUCAUGCUUCUGCAAUUAAGAAUCAAAGGCGGGGGCUUAGUGUCACAGGGUGUCUAAUACACGGCUUUAACAGGAAGGGGACCUGAUUUGCCCGGCUCCUAGCGACAAGCAUUAACAACAGGCUCAAAUUAGAGGGGCAUUAAUAUUCAUAAGUAAAACAAUUCAAAUGACUGGCGAAAUGAAAAUCCUCCGAGGUGAGCUUCUCUCAACUCGCGCCGCCUGUGCCCAUCAAACGAUGUCAUUAGGGCUGGAGUGCUUAAUGUAUAUGGGGAAGCUGAUAACGGGGAUGACCACUAAUGAAGGAAUUAAGCACUGUAGUGGUUCGAGUCGCUCGGAGAGAGGGCCCGUGCCGUUUGGAAAUUCACGCGCUCGCUUUAACGUAGUCGCUGCAUUUCCUGUCAUACAAAUGCACAUAGUGAGCUGUAAAGUGCGAUUGAAAAUCACUUUUGUUCAUCGACAGGGCAAGCGACCACGUGUAAUUAAUUUCGAAUUGCAAAUUGACCUGUACUUAUAAAUACGGCUAUGAGUAAGGAUGUGAAAAAGAUGGUCCUUAAUCAUGCUGGUUGCGAUUCAUUUUGGAUCUUUCCUAGGUGCUACAGUGCUUUUUUAAUUGCCGUGCUGCUUCUGAUUCGUGACACUGUAGUUAUUUGAAGUGUACUGGGACGGUCUAUCCCUGCCCACACAGUUUAAAACGGGCCCACAUGCCAUGUGGCGUUCUGUUUGUCUUUGUGUGUGUGUGUGUGUGUGUGUGUGUGUGGCACACGGAGAGUGCCAGUGUCUCUGCCACUAGCCUGUAAUUAUGAUCCUUGAGGUAAUUUUAUCAGGCUCAUUAGCUCUGAUGAGUAAACGAGAAGCGUGCCUCUAAUUUAUCGGCCAUCCAGACCGGAGACUGGGCCCUCAUCAGCCCGAUCAUAAUAUUUGUACAGAAAGGCUGACAUAUUCUCUGCAUCAUGAGCAUUUCAGAGCCAGCAUGGGCAGGAGGGAAAGACUUUGUUGCUUUAAUCAUUAAUUGCAUUCCAAAUGAUAGACUGGCAGAAGGCUGGUUCUGAUAAUUAGGCAUGACUGCAGUUACUAGACAUGCUGUUUGAUCUGUGUCUAAAUGCUGGAUGGCAGUUGAAAAUGCAAAUCCACGUUCCCUUGCACUUCAGACGCUUACAUUUUGGACACUAAGGUUGUUUUGGAGUAUGUGUGUGAUUCUUAUGUUGUAACAUCCAUUGUUUUUUUGUUUUAGUUUUUUUUUUUUUUUUCCCCUUAGCCAGCCUUUUCUCACUUUCAUAAAGAUUUUAUUUUGGCUCUGUGUCCAAGAGAGAGGAUAAUGUGCUCAUUUUACUGUGUAAGGAAAAGAAAAAAAAAGGCAUUGAGGAAAAAUACGCACAUGGCUAGUGGGGAUGUAAUGGAUAAAGUGGCACGGCUUGGGAGUCUUGACAAGUGCAGCUUUUCAUCCAUCUCAAAUGAAUAAUUUUCCCUUCCUUUAAACAUCCAUAAUCCAGCCAUGUUAUCAGCGCCAAUGCAGGAAUCGGCUCCGCUCGGCUCAACUUUUUCCCUCCUUCACUGUACCCGUCUGCCAGAGCGGGCAGCUCCACACACUGCUACGCCAGAGCUCACUGUAAUUCGGCCCCCUGUUUUUCGUGGAUCUGUGUGACGGACCCACAACAGCAGGGAUACAGGAGGACGAGCUUUCCGAAUGCCAGCGUGUCUUUUUCACCAACCGUCUGGGGCGACUUCCUUCACACUGGCACUAACAUCACUCUGGAGACAAAUUUCUCUCUCCACUGAAUAGAAGUGUAAUUUUAUCUCCCUUGUACUAGUAGAUGUUUAACAAAUGGAGUUCCUGCUCUCCAAUUUUUUUUGUUGUUGUUAUUGAAAAUUGGGUUUAAUCUUUUUUUUAUUAUUAUUAUUGA